AUGUUCAUGCUGGGGAAACCAUCGACAAGGCCGGAUUCAGUCUUCGCGUCAGUAAUAUGACUAGGGCACGGUAAGGGGUUGGUAAUCACGAUUUUGACUUGCAAUUUAACUUCGACUCUACAAGGUUUGGAUAUUGCAAGGAUACCACAGGUAGCCCAAGCUCGAAAUAUGAGUAUCGGCAUUGUUGCGUAACAUUCAUUCAGUUUUAUGGGUUUUUAUGUAAACGGUUUUCUCUCUAUAUAAAGGUUUAAACCGUUUACAAAAAAACCCAUAAACUGACAUAAAACGGUCAUAAAUCGGCCCGUAGACCACACAGGAGAGAUGUAACAAACAUUUUAAGUAAGGUAAACUGUUUUUUAUUGAAAUCCUUUCAUUUUCAUUGGUUACAGAAACGACAGGUUUUUUCUCCCAUACAAAUCCUUAUAUUUUGAAUGUUACGCAACAAUGCCGAUGCUCGCCGAUGCUCAUAUUUCGAGCUUGGGCUACCUGUGGGGAUACGCUUAUCAAUUUUUUGGUUCACGAGUGUAUCUUGUGAUAUUCAAAUCCUUCAGCUCAUAAAUGAUAUCAAAUGUGCAAGUGCAUUAGGUGAUUGUGUACCUUUAAGCAGUGCAACUUUGAUUAAUAUCAGGAAUUUUUUACUUAAAGCCAUUUCCUACUUUUCUCCAUCACUUUAUUAUGUUUGGAUUUUCACUUCCCGCAAAUUUCUAAUUAAAAGAAAUUGAUUGGACUACUGAGUUUAUUAGUGUCUGAACUUGAAAUCACGAUUACGACAAUAACCAUCAACCCUUUUGUCGUUAUCUUAUCACAAAUGUUAUAAAGGAACUAAUGAUAAAGAUAUUAGAAAUGAUUUUACUAUUUUUUACGUACGUGAUCUCAUCCUUUUAAAUAGAUGGUACACGAUCUUCGCAAUCUCCAAACCAAUUACCCGCCUGUCCUUGUUACUAAUAUCAUGACUUCCUUGGACCUCUAUGCAAAGAAUGAGGUGGCCGCCAGACUCGUCCGAGUUUAUAUCCCGAUGUUGUGUGUAAGUACUGGUCAUUCUAAAAUUACGGAUAACUUUGUAUUACCGAGUUUGGUCAGUCAGUAAAACGAGCAUUGAACAAUUCUAGGUCUCACACUAACUGCGAUUUUGAUAGUGAAACCUUCGGGCUGCCGAUACACCUUUAAUUUUGGUCAUAAAAGUCUAGUCAAAAGUGUUGCGUGACAGGAUUCACAGACUUUCAAAUCUAACCAUUUGAGCGAUGCCUUUUUUUAAUGUUCUUGCCAAAAGUAGCAGAUUAUGCUACCAACAAUCCAGAUAAUGUUUUUUUUUCCUUCUUAAAGUAUGCUUCCUUGCAGUACAAAAUAAGUCCAAAAAUAUCGUUUUUCAGGUCAACCCCCGCCCCUUGCUUUUGAUUGACUUUAGGCUUCCAUCUCUAGCUAUUUCACCACGUUCAGGCCGCUGUCUUUUUUCUCGCAUAUGCAAGUUCCAUUGUUUUAAAUUUGGAUAACAGUUUUCGUAAGCAUUCUGCAAUCAUCUUUCAGUAUAUAUACUUUUCCUCAUCUGAACAUGGUUGUUCGUCAAACUCUUGUUUCUAUUUAUAUACAGAGCAAUCCUGCCUUGCGACCACCCCGUUUAUGCGACAACCUUUUGUCUCACCUCCCAAUCCCAUAGUCUUUCGACCCAGACGUGAAAAUCUCCGAGUCAUUUUAUUAUUUUGAAGACGCCCUCUUUCAUGCGACCACCUGGCCCAACGCUGGUCGAAUCAACGGGUGCAACUGUAUUUUUUUAAUUUCAGUUUUCCACAUUGUAGAACAAAAAGCAAAACAAAUGUGCGUCAGCUGGACUAUAGAAAUUAAUGUAAAGAACUAAAAUUUGGGCUUCGCUUAUAUGAAGAAAAUUUGUCUCGAGCAGAAGGGUCACCCGCCGCUGAACCCCAGCUUCCCUGGAAGAGGCAACGUUUCACACAUUUCCUUACAAAACAUGGCAAACUGUUCAAAUUACAAAAAGUUGGCUCGGCUAGAAGGGUGACCCACCUUGUCCAGUCACCCUUUUAUAAUGCUAGGGUCAGCCUCCUAGCCGGGCCAACUUUUCUCCGGAAACACUUUGCGCGCUUUCCAUUGAACAAAAAUUCCUGUUUGAAAUUUCGGAAAAUCCACGUGCCAAGCGGAACGGUACAUUCCAGUUGCACAGACCAAACCAAAGCGACCGGGAGUUUGGUCAUCGUGCUUGUAGGCAGGAUACAGUUGAUCAGUCCUGGGGAAAAUAAUUUUGUCAAAUGGAAGGGGACAUUUUGGUCUGACCGACCGGAUCAAAUCUGAUCCGUAUCGGUAAAGGGCUCGCAUAGCCAAGGCGAGACAAUUAGAGCAUGUGUUUUUUUUUCUCUUGGCUGAGAGGGUGAACCUCCUACACGAGACAGGUUUUCUUCAGAUAAAGGGAAUUAAAAUUUUCCGAUACGAAAUUGUGAUACUGAGAAUGCAUCAGAAAAAAUGUCAAAAUUCUCGACAAAAUAAUAUUGAA